GGUGGCGGCGCAGGGACCCCGGACGCUGGCGCCUACCAGGGCGCGCUGCUGGCCCGCGAGCAGUACCCGGCCCCGCUCCGCCGGCCAGUGAGCGCGCCGUACCCCACCGCCUACCCGGCCUACGUGAGCACCGAGGUGGCCCCGUCCUGGACCGCCGGACCCUUCGACGGCAGCGUCCUGCACGGCCUACAGAGCCACCCGGCUGGCUUCCCCGGCCGCAGAACCACCUUCGUGUCGGACUUCUUGGAAGAGCUCCCCGGCGAGGGUCGCGAGUGCGUCAACUGUGGGGCCCUGUCCACUCCCCUGUGGCGUCGCGACGGGACCGGCCACUACCUGUGCAAUGCUUGUGGCCUCUACCACAAGAUGAACGGCGUCAACCGGCCACUCGUGCGCCCGCAGAAGCGCCUGUCCUCGUCCCGCCGCGCCGGUCUCUGCUGCACCAACUGCCACACGUCCACCACCACGCUGUGGCGGCGCAACGCGGACGGCGAGCCGGUGUGCAACGCCUGUGGGCUCUACAUGAAGCUGCACGGGGUGCCACGGCCCCUGGCGAUGAAGAAGGAAAGUAUCCAGACGCGGAAACGGAAACCCAAGAACAUUGUGAAGACCAAGAGCUCCUCAGGAUGUUCAGGGAACAGCACAGCCUCGCCGCUCUCCGUCCCGGACCCUGAGAGCCCAGCGGCUACUUUGAAACCCAAACCAAGCCUGGCAUCACCUUCAUGCCCCGGGUCCAGCGUCACCUCCCAGACCUCCGGCCAGGCGGAUGACCCCCUGGCCCCCAGCCACGUGGAGUUCAAAUUCGAGCCCGAGGACUUUGCCUUCCCCUCCGCAGCCCUGGGCCCCCAGGCUGGCCUCGGCAGGACCCUGCGCCAGGAGACCUGGUGUGCACUGGCCUUGGCCUAGGUCCUCAGGCACCCACCAGACCCCUCUCACUGCCUGUUCGGCUCCAGCCCAGCAGAGAGAGACCACCAGGCCCACCCACCAGAAGAGACCAGCCAGUGGGACUUCGAGGGACCUCGAGGCACUGGGCAUCCCUCGCCAUGGGCGGGGGGAGGCCUCUGUACACACAGCGGUCAGGCCCCAGAGCAGGAAGAAGGCUAAUGAGAAGAGCCUGAGCCCCCACCGCAGACAGCAGGAGACUCCCCCAAAUGCUGUGCCAGGCUCUGACCAGGCCACUCCAGCCAAGGCUGACCUGGAGCACCCACCGCCAACUUGAGUUCUCUUGUCAACAUUUGCCAUCGCCAUGUUUACAUGUUGCAGAAGCUGGAAAAAAAACCUAACUUCCUGUCAUAAAACCAGGAUCACAAACGAAAUGGCCGAGGUCAGGCCAGCAACAUGAAUGAGGGGAGUAGCCGGACGUGGGACCUCCUCAAGCCUCAGGAUCUGUCCCUUUCUCGCAUCUGAUGGAUAGAGCCAAGGCACGGAGAACUUCCCCUCCCAUGAGUGAGGGACUGCCAGGGACAGAUGUGCAGGUUGUGCACUGUACCAGGAUGCCACCCCAAGGGCAAGCCGCUCACACCCUAGUCAUCAUCUACUUGUAUAUUUAUUUGGAUGGUUUUCCCAGAGAGGGCAGUAAGAGUCCUCAUUCUGACUGAAUCUGUGUAUUGUGACCGUUUCUGACAGGCAGAGUAAAGGACCUGGGGCCCCGUGCUGACCCCAGAGGCACUGUCAGGGCCAGGGGCGGGGUGACCACAUGUCCUGGCUCACCUGGGGUCAGCCCAGCUUAGUUUGUUGCCCCUGUGGAAGCCCUCCCCUCACGGAGUGGGGUGAUAAGUUAGCGGGUCACGCUGGCUAGAGACAGCGCUGCCCAAGGGAGCAGGAUGACUACCACUAGCUUGGUGGCGGGGAGGCGGUAGGGAAGGGAGGGAGCGGGGCGCACCGUGCCCAAGGGCCACAGCCUGGCUUCUGUUCAGCGGCUGCCUCUCGCCAGUGAGCCAGCUGCGGGCGCCCGCGUGUGCCACCCUGGCUAUGGCUCGUCUUUCACACUGAAGAACCGUGGUCCCCCGGCGCCAGCUUCCGGACCGUCCGCCCAUCCUGAGCUGGCACCUCGAGUUCAAGCUGCGCAGCUUACACCUGAUCUUGUCUGUUUCUUCUUUUUAUCAAAGACAAAUGAUGCCGUAAGAAGAA